CGUCAUAUGACGAAGUUACUCCCAAAGCCAUCCACCAUCCCAACGUCGUGUCAGAAUUGUUCAGCGCUGUGCAUUGAUAGGGGUCAAUUGAAGACUCGAGACCUCACGUACGGCAGAACGUCGCCUGCAUACGCCUUCGCCGCAAGAAAGAAAUUUGGCUGCUUCCAGAAGGCGCACACCUGCGCAACGCGAACCGCAAACGGCAUUGCCGCGGCACUCGCAACAGCAGAGAUCUGGACAAAAUCCAGGCUCGGACACGGGACAGCCCCGUCCGUCUUGGACUUGCUUUCCGGCGCCGACAGAAGGGAUCGACGCCCGGGGUUGGGCCAUACGCACGAAAGUAGAGAUUGACGUGCAGAGGCCGUGCCUAUAUCAAGGGACAAAGUUCUAGACGGGGUGUAAAAGCUGUCCUACGCGUGUGCAUGUUUGUGUGUGUGCGUGUGUGUUUGUGUCUUGGGUUGGCCUCUUGAGCUCGCUCUGCGCCUCAAAAGCACAAACCGCUGGAAUCAAAAACGAUCGUCAGACGUCUACGGAAGCCAAAACCUAAAAGGCGUAUCGUUCAAGCUCCAAUGGCUGCUCCGCAAGCUGAGGUCGAUAUCAACACCAUUCCUUACGAUGCCCCGCUCUCCUUUGAGGAGCCCAGCCGUGCGUGGUGCUCCGCCCAAAGCCGCAAGGGUGCCGUCAGAACCAGGGAGACGUUGCCUGCCGUCGAUCUGGCUGGCAAAUGGAUCAUAAUCAGCGGGGCGAACAACGGAAUAGGUCGAGAGGCCGCGCUACAGUUCGCCGCUUGGGGAGCCAACUUGAUCCUAGCAUGCCGAGAUCCUCCACCUCACGAGACUCACCCGACGACGGCGGUGGAGGAGUGCAAGGCGAGAGCGAAGGAGGCGGGACAUGCGGACACCACGAUAGAAUGGUGGGUGUUGGACUGUGCCAGGCUGGACAGCGUUGAGGCCUUCGCGAGGCGGUGGUUGGAUACGGGCAGGGCGUUGGACGUGCUGUGCAACAAUGCCGGCAUGGGAUCCAGCCCGGGAGGCGGCUCUGUGUUCAGAACCGUGGACGGCUUCGAGAUCAUCCACCAGGUCAACUUCCUCUCCCACGUCCUCCUGACGCUGCGCCUGCUGCCCUCUCUGGCCAAGGCGCCCGCUCCGCGCGUCGUUUGCACAACGUCAUGCUUCCACUACCUUGGCCGCUUCGACCUGCGCAACUGCAACGGCGAGCUGGGCCAAUCCGGAACCGAAGGCGUCCAGUACUACCAGAACAACAAGCUCUGGUUUCAAGUGUGGCUCACGGAGCUGCAGCGCAGGCUUCUGCAGCAUCCGCAGUACAGGCACAUAACGGUGCAGGGCGUGCACCCGGGCUACGUCAACUCCGGCAUCUGGAACUUGAACAACCGCCUCAGCUGGUUCUCCUGGCUUAAGGAGCUCGUCGUGAAAACAGCGGCGUGGCUCUUGGCAAUCGACCCGCAGCAAGGCUCUCUGGCCAUCAUCAACGCAGCGACUCAGCCUGUGGCAGGGCCUGAUCCCGACACACAAGGUGUGGGUGAGGUCGGCGGGAAGGGCGGUGGGCGGUACUUCAACAGGAUCUGGGAAGCGACGCCGAUGCCGCAUACGAAAGACGCGGAUUGCAGACAGAGAGUCUGGCGCAAGGUCAAUGAUGAGCUACAGCUUGAGAAGAAGGGCUUGUUGGAUAUCCUUGGUUUGAAGUACGAGGAAGGCAACGUCAAGCUGAAGGCUCUGCUGUGAAACGACAUAGGAGAUUUGAAUGAAGCGAUACUUCCAACGCCCCUAUCUUUCAAAGGUAUGAUGUCUAUGUCUAUUAUCGAAUAUGAUGUCUUGAUGUUCGGUCUAGGCUGCCGCUCAUCACGUAAUAUGUACGAAGAUAACAACACCAGAAGCAGCGUAAUUGGCACCUCCUUCUUGUCUCUCG